ACCUCAAAAAACACACUCAAAAGUCCCUUCUUUCUCAAUUCCCCUUUCUGCUUCCCCAUUUCUCUGCAACUCCUUUGUCUUAAAGAAGAAGGAAGAUUCUCUCUCCUCCUCCUCCUUCUUCCUCUUCUCCGCCUUCCAUCUCCUUCUCAGGCUGCUUAUCGGAGCGUAGUUAAUUGGAAAAAACAAUAAUGUCCACCAUGUAUUUCGCUUUCCAUUACAGCGCCAUGUGACUUCACUGACACAUUCUUUUCCGCCAUUGCAAUCCCUCUUUACGCUUCCUUCCUCGACCUACUCGGGUCCUCAUUCCACUCGACUCAGCGAGUUGGUUGCGAGUGCGAGACACAGAGUGAAAGAGAGAGGAGAGGGGGGGAACCUAGGGAUUUGAGAGCUGCGUAUGGCAUCGUCCUCCCGCGCAAGGAGCAGCUCGCCAUUCUCACACCGCAAGCCUGCUUCUCCCAGUCCUUACUCUUCCACUUCCUCGGCCUCGUCGUACAUCAGCAGCAGCAACCGGCUCAUGCCCCGCUCCUGCUCGUCCUCGGCUUCUUCUUACUACAACGGCGGCGGAAGUGGUGGUGGUUACAGCGGCGGCGCCCGAUCCACGACUCCCAGUCGGUCGAUGUCGGAUUCAAUGUACUUAGGCAGUAGCUCGCGCGGCGGUUAUGGUGGAAGUCGGACGCCGGUUGGUUACGGCUCCGACGAGCUCUUGGCUGCUGAGUCGAUUGAUGCUCCCAGGAGCGGUGCCGGUGAGAGUAUAGCGGUGACGAUUCGGUUCAGGCCGUUGAGCGAGAGGGAGUUUCAGAAAGGCGAUGAGAUUGCUUGGUACGCCGAUGGAGAUAAGAUCGUUAGGAACGAGUAUAAUCCAGCCUCCGCAUAUGCAUUCGAUAAAGUAUUUGGACCGCAUACAAUCACUCAGGACGUGUAUGAUGUAGCUGCAAAACCAGUGGUCAAGGCUGCAAUGGAAGGAGUCAACGGAACCGUCUUUGCCUAUGGUGUUACAAGUAGUGGAAAGACUUUCACUAUGCAUGGAGAUCAAAGUGCUCCUGGUAUUAUACCUUUGGCAAUUAAGGACGUUUUCAGCAUGAUCCAAGAUACUCCAGGAAGAGAAUUUUUGCUGCGGGUUUCAUAUCUCGAAAUUUACAAUGAGGUUAUUAAUGACUUACUUGAUCCAACGGGCCAAAAUUUGCGUGUUAGAGAAGAUGCACAGGGUACUUAUGUUGAGGGUAUAAAGGAAGAAGUUGUUUUGUCUCCAGGACAUGCACUGUCCUUCAUUGCUGCCGGAGAAGAACAUCGCCAUGUAGGUUCAAAUAAUUUCAAUCUGUUGAGUAGCCGAAGUCACACCAUAUUCACACUGAUGAUUGAAAGCAGUGCCCAUGGAGAUGAGUAUGAUGGUGUGGUUUUCUCUCAACUUAACUUGAUUGAUCUUGCUGGAUCUGAGAGCUCAAAAACUGAGACAACGGGGCUGAGGAGAAAAGAAGGAGCCUACAUUAAUAAAAGUCUUCUUACUCUUGGAACUGUAAUAGGAAAGCUGAGUGAAGGAAGAGCAUCUCAUGUUCCAUAUCGAGAUUCCAAGCUCACCCGCCUCUUGCAGUCUUCGCUAAGUGGGCACGGACAUGUUUCACUUAUUUGUACAAUUACUCCAGCAUCUAGUAACUUGGAGGAAACUCACAACACGUUGAAGUUUGCUAGCAGGGCAAAGCGUGUGGAGAUCUAUGCGUCACGUAACAAGAUUAUUGAUGAGAAGUCUCUAAUUAAGAAGUACCAGAGAGAAAUUUCAACUCUCAAAGAGGAACUUGAUCAGUUAAGAAGUGGGAUGCUCGUUGGUGUAAGUCAUGAGGAGAUCCUGAGCUUAAAACAAAAGUUGGAAGAAGGACAAGUAAAGAUGCAAUCCAGAUUGGAAGAAGAGGAGGAAGCGAAGGCCGCUCUCAUGAGUAGAAUCCAGAGGUUAACCAAGUUAAUUCUGGUUUCUACAAAGAACUCCAUUCCGGGAUUGGGGGAUGUUCCAGUUCAUCACCGGAGUCUAUCAGAUGAUAAACUGGAUGUUCUGCGAGAUGGCACUUUACUCUUGGACUGUCAGAACAAGGAUUCACCAUCUUCAGUGAAUGCAAUGUCUUCGGAUCUAUCUCAUGAAUCCAAGCUUAGAAGAUCGUCCAGCAAGUGGAAUGAAGAGCUUUCUCCUGGCUGCAGCACGGUUACUGAAUCAACUGGUGGUGAACGUAUGAGUUCUUCAAAAUUUGCAACAGAACUGACUCAAGAUCAGAUGGACCUUCUAGUUGAGCAGGUCAAGAUGCUUGCUGGAGAGAUUGCACUAAGUACAAGCACUUUGAAGCGCUUAGUGGAGCAAUCAGUGACUGAUCCUGAAAACUCAAAAUUUCAAAUCCAGAACUUGGAAAAUGAGAUCCAAGAAAAGAGACGGCAAAUGAGAGCCUUAGAACAGCGCAUUAUCGAGAGUGGUGAGGCUUCAAUUGCCAAUGGAUCAUUGAUUGACAUGCAGCAGACUGUCAUGCGAUUGAUGACUCAGCAUAAUGAAAAGGCCUUUGAGCUUGAGAUAAAAUCAGCGGACAACCGCAUCCUCCAGGAGCAAUUGCAGAAUAAGUGUUUGGAGAACAAGGAAUUGCAAGAGAAGGUGAAUCUUCUUGAGCAGCAUUUGGCAUCCCUAGCUGGUGAUAAAUCAUCACUACCUUCUAGUCAAUCUGUGCCUGAAGAAUUUGUUGAUGAAUUGAAGAAGAAAAUCCAGUCACAGGAGAUUGCAAAUGAAAGGCUAAAGAUAGAACAGGUUCAGCUUUCAGAGGACAACAGUGGGUUACGUGUCCAAAACCAGAAGCUUGCUGAAGAAGCUUCUUAUGCCAAAGAACUGGCAUCUGCUGCAGCAGUAGAACUAAAAAAUUUGGCUAGUGAAGUUACUAAAUUAUCUUUGCAGAACGCAAAAUUAGAAAAGGAAUUGUUGGCUGCUCGUGAGUCAUUGCAUUCUAGAGGCGCUGCUGCACAAAAUGGUGGAGGCCGUAACGGAUUAAGAUCAGGGAGGAAAGGGCGGUUCUCCUCCGGCAGGGGGCCAAAUCACUCGGAUGACUUUGAUUCAUGGGAUCUUGAUCCUAAUGAUAUGAGGAUGGAAUUGCAGGCAAGGAAGCAGCGAGAAGCAGCUCUUGAGGCUGCCUUAGCUGAGAAGGACAUCUUAGAAGACGAAUACAGGAAAAUGGUAGACGAAGCAAAACGAAGGGAAGAAUCCCUGGAAAAUGACUUGGCAAACAUGUGGGUGCUUGUUGCCAAGUUGAAGAAGGAUGGAGGAAAUGCCCCCGAGUUGAGAACAGACGAGAGGCCCAUCGACAUGGAAAAUCGUAUGGGCGAGCCAGAGUCGAAUGGGUUUGAUGAUGGUUCUGUCCUGAAAGAAAGACAAGUAAUUGACGAUUCAAAACCCGCUAAUGACGUGCAAAAGGAAGAGCCGUUGGUUCUUCGUUUGAAGUGUGUAAAUCCUGUUCCCUUGCUUGUUCGGAGUGUCCAAUCUGCCGAACCAAGAUUGCAGAUAGGCUUUUUGCAUUUACAUCGUGAGAACAUUCCUGGCAUUGCCCCUCCAAAUGAAGGGGUCUUGUCACCACCAUUCAAGGUUCUUCCCACUGUUAGUGAAGGUGAAGAAAACGCGGCAGGAAUAGUGGCUUAGGAGGGGCUGUGGAUUCUUUCAUUUAACAUUCGCUGUAUAUGCUGCAACUGUCUCUAAAGAAGGUAUAUGAGAUUAGUACAAUAUAUUGGUUUCUUGUUCAGUGCCCUCCUCUCCCUAUAGGGCUGUAAAAAAUAAGACACUCUGAUUUAAAGGUUGAGGUACAAAACAAAAAAAGGGCUCCGUGUCUGUAACAGAACAAUGAGACUAUGAGAGAGACAGAGAGAAUUGCCUUUGUUCAAGGAAAGACUUUUUUUCUCAUGUUUUGAGGUUUUCUUUCCUGUUGACUGUUGUGUCCAACUACUUGCAGUAGAAUGGUUGUCGUGUCGUGUUUCCAGCUUCUUUUUUCCUUGCAGCAUGGGUUGCUGCCAUUUUGCUCCGUAUCAACCGUCUGACUUUGCCAUACCUGCAAAAUUUUGGCGGAGUGCACUUUAAUGUGAUGCUGCUCCACUCGGCC